AUGAGUUUGGGACAUCAAUUCAGUCACAGUGCUGCACCAGUGAAAGGGAUCAAAGAGGUCCAGUUUGGUUUGAUGAGUCCGGAGGAGAUGAAAUCUCUAUCCGUCGCUCAGAUUAUCCACCCUGAAGUCAUCGAUGAAUCUACCGGUAGACCGCGUCAAGGCGGUUUAAUGGAUCCCCGUAUGGGAACAAUUGACAGAAAUUUCAAGUGUCAGACUUGCGGUGAAGGUAUGGCUGAGUGUCCAGGCCAUUUUGGACAUAUCGAGUUAGCCAGGCCGGCAUUCCAUAUUGGUUUCUUGACGAAAAUCAAAAAAAUCAUUGAAAGUAUUUGUGUUAAUUGUGGUAGAUUAUUGGCGGAUGAAAAUGACCCAGAACUCGCAAAGAUAGUUCGCACCGUUCCAGUGGGAAAGAGGCGGUUUGAAGCUGUACACGCGUACUGUACGAAAAUCAGUAUUUGUAAACCGGACGAACCAAAUGAGAAUGGUGAGGAUGCACCACCAUCUCAACCAGGUCACGGUGGUUGUGGUCGUCUACAACCAGCUAUCAGAAGGGAAGCAUUGAAGUUGUUUUCUGUGAACAAACAACAAAAACAUGAUGAGGAGGAUGACACGAAAGCUCAGCAGGAUAAGCGUCAGCUUUCAGCUGCAGAAGUUUACACGUUAUUUAAAAAGAUUCCGGAUAGUGACAUAACCCUGAUGGGUCUUUCAGCUGAAUUCGCUCGUCCAGAUUGGAUGAUUAUCACCGUUCUCCCAGUUCCUCCACCUCCAGUCCGUCCUUCAAUUGCCGUCGACGGUGGUGCUACCCGCUCAGAAGAUGAUCUGACAUAUAAGCUCGCCGAUAUCCUUAAAUACACUGCAACACUUCGUCGUUUCGAAUCUGAAGGCGCUCCAGCGCACAUUAUUAGUGAAAAUGAACAAUUAGUUCAAUUCCACGUAGCUACUUAUAUGGAUAAUGACAUCGCUGGUAUACCUCAAGCAAUGCAAAAAUCUGGUCGUCCUAUUAAGUCGAUCAGAGCUCGUCUGAAGGGUAAGGAAGGUCGUCUUCGUGGUAACCUCAUGGGUAAACGUGUCGAUUUCUCCGCACGUACUGUCAUCACUGGUGAUCCAAAUCUUGAACUUGAUGAAGUCGGUGUACCAUUCUCAAUUGCAAGGACACUCACUUAUCCAGAACGCGUAACACCUUACAACAUUCUCUACCUCCAAGAAUUGGUACGAAAUGGUCCAAAUGAAUACCCAGGUGCUCGUUAUGUUGUUCGUGACACAGGUGAACGUAUAGAUUUGCGUUAUAAUAGACGUGCGGACACUUUCCUUCAAUACGGUUGGAUUGUCGAGAGACAUCUCAAAGAUGGUGAUUUCGUCUUGUUCAAUAGACAACCAUCAUUACACAAAAUGUCUAUGAUGUGUCAUAGAGUUAAAUUAAUGCCAUACUCAACUUUCAGGUUGAAUUUAUCGGUCACUCCUCCAUAUAACGCCGAUUUCGAUGGUGACGAAAUGAACUUGCACGUACCACAAUCUGAAGAAACUAGAGCCGAAAUGAGUCAAAUUGCAUCAGUCACUAGACAGAUUGUUUCUCCACAAGCUAAUUCUCCGGUCAUGGGUAUUGUCCAGGAUGCACUCUGUGGUGUUCGUAAAUUGACACUUCGAGAUACGUUCUUGGAUAGUAAACAAGUUGCAAACAUCUUAAUGUGGGUUCCAGGAUGGGAUGGUAUAGUACCAACACCAGCUAUUAUGAAACCAAAGCCAUUGUGGACUGGUAAACAGAUACUAUCACUCUGUAUUCCACGUGGUAUCAAUGUUUUCAGAUCAAACGAGCAGAAAUCAUCUGCACCAGUUGAUGAUGCAGGUGUUUGUAUCGAAGAUGGUAACAUUAUGUAUGGUGCUAUCGAUAAGUCAACAGUUGGUAAAUCUCAAGGUGGUCUUGUUCACGUCAUUUUCCGUGAGAAGGGUCACAUCAUCUGUAAAGACUUUUUGUCUGGAUUACAAGUUGUCGUUAACUAUUGGAUGCUGCAUCAUGGUUUCUCUAUUGGUAUUGGUGAUACUAUCGCUGAUAAGUCAACAAUGGCAUAUAUUACUGAGCGUAUUGGUGAUGCCAAAGAUAAAGUUAAAGGUAUCAUUCAAAGUGCCGAAUCUAAUCAAUUGGAGGCACAAGCUGGUAUGACUAUCCGUGAAUCAUUUGAAGCGAGUGUCAACAUGGAACUCAACCAAGCUCGUGAUCAAGUCGGUAAAUCUGCGCAGCAUUCUCUCAAAGACGACAACAACGUUAAACAGAUGGUUGUUGCCGGUUCUAAAGGUUCUUUCAUUAAUAUUUCACAAAUGUCUGCUUGUGUCGGUCAGCAAUCUGUCGAAGGUAAACGUAUUCCAUUUGGUUUCAAGUAUCGUACAUUACCGCACUUCACGAAGGAUGAUUUCGGUCCUGAAUCACGUGGUUUCGUUGAAAAUUCGUACCUCCGUGGUUUAACGCCAUCUGAGUUCUUCUUCCACGCUAUGGCUGGUCGUGAAGGUUUGAUCGAUACAGCUGUCAAGACAGCAGAAACUGGUUAUGUUCAAAGACGUCUUGUUAAGGCACUAGAGGAUAUUAUGGUUCACUACGAUGGUACUGUUAGGAACUCACUUGGUGACAUUCUUCAAUUCGCCUAUGGUGAAGAUGGUAUGGAUGGUAGUGCCAUGGAAAAGCAACACUUUAUUGGUAUGAGUGCAAGUGAUGAAGAGUUUGAUAGAAAAUUCCGUAUUGACCUCACAGAUCCUGUGCGUGGAUUUAAGCCAGGUACGUUACGUGUUGGUCUUGAAUCAGCCGAAGGUCUCCAGGAUAAGCUGGAUGCUGAAUGGAAACAACUCGUUGAUGAUCGUGUGUUACUUCGUGAAUUCAUCUUCAAGUUCAGACCAGGUGAUUCAACACUCCCAUUACCUUUAAAUAUUCGUCGUACGAUUCAAAACGCACAGCAAAUUUUCCGCAUUGAUCGUCGUCAACCUUCUGACAUUGAUCCUGCUUCUAUUGUUGACGAGGUUCAUGCUCUUUGUCGACGUUUGGUUGUCAUUCGUGGUAGUGACGUCCUUAGUCAAGAAGCUCAAGAGAAUGCUACAUUACUGUUCAACAUCCUUCUCCGUUCAUCUUUGACAGUUAGGUCUAUUAUUGAAGAGCAUCACCUUAACAGGGAGGCAUUUGACUGGGUUAUUGGUGAAAUUGAGACACGUUUCAAUCAAUCUAUUGUUGCACCAGGUGAGAUGUGUGGUACACUCGCUGCACAAUCUAUUGGUGAACCAGCUACUCAAAUGACAUUGAACACUUUCCACUAUGCGGGUGUUUCGUCAAAGAACGUUACACUUGGUGUUCCUCGUCUGAAGGAAAUUAUUAACGUGGCUACCAACAUUAAGACGCCAUCUCUUACUGUCUACUUAGAUGAAGAAACUUCUAGAGAUAUUGUUGCCGUUAAGAAUGUUCAAGCGGAGUUGGAACACACGACACUUAAAACCAUUACAGCAGCGACCGAAAUUAUUUAUGAUCCUGAUCCUACAACGACUAUCGUUGAUGAGGAUCGUGACUUUGUUGAAGCGUACUUCGCCAUUCCAGAUGAAGAAGUCGCAGCGAAUAUCAACAAGCAAUCCCCUUGGUUGUUACGUUUGGAAUUGGAUCGUGCGAAAAUGCUUGACAAGCGAUUAGAGAUGAACUUCGUUGCUGGCAAGAUUGCCAGUCUUUUCCAAAAUGACCUUUUCGUCAUUUACUCUGAAGAUUCAGCUGAAAAGCUGAUCAUCAGAGCUAGAAUCGUUGGUGAUGAUCCAACAACUAAAGAGGAUGAUGGCGUUUCGGAGGAUGUAUUCUUGAAAAAGAUUGAAAACAAUAUGCUUUCAAAUAUCUCUCUUCGUGGUAUUGAAGGUAUUACCAGGGUUUUCAUUGUUGAGCGUAAGAAGGAAGUUAUUGCAGAAGGUGGUAGAUUUGAGAGACAACAAGAAUGGGUUUUGGAAACUGAUGGUGUUAACUUAUCUGAAGUUUUACCUGUUAAACAUGUCGAUGGCACACGUACAUACUCUAACCACUGCCAAGAAAUCUUUGAAGUACUUGGUAUUGAAGCUGCACGUAACGCAAUUCUUAAGGAAUUACGUAACGUUAUUGAAUUCGACGGUUCUUACGUUAACUACCGUCACUUAGCAUUGUUAUGUGACUUGAUGACAAACAGAGGUAGACUUAUGGCUAUCACUAGACACGGUAUCAAUAGAGCUGACACUGGUGCACUCAUGCGUUGUUCCUUCGAAGAAACUGUUGAAAUUCUUUUAGAAGCUGCCGCGAUUGGUGAAAAGGAUGAUUGCCAUGGUAUUGCAGAGAAUGUCCUACUUGGUCAAAUGGCACCUAUGGGAACUGGUGCAUUUGAUGUCACACUUGACAUUGAUAUGCUUAAGGACGUAGUUGUUGAUCCAAAACUACCAGCGCAUAGAUUGAACGCUCAAAUGGCUGAAGGAGCGAUGGUUGUCGAUGAACAAGGAAAGAUGACACCAUACUCAUACGGAAAGAAUUCCUAUGAAGCUCAGAUUGUCGGUGAUGAUCAAGCACAGUUCUCACCAAUUGCUCAAUCUGGUGAUGAUGGAUCUAACUUUGAAUAUAUGGGAUAUGGACAGACGCCACUUGUUACUGGAGGUGCUACAUCACCUGGUUAUUCACCUUCAAGUCCAACAUGGUCACCAACUAGUCCAGGAUAUGUACCUGCAACUUCACCUGCGAUUGGGGGUGCAGUUUCACCUUGGGUACCACAAUCAGCAGCAUCCCCUGGUUACUCACCUUCGUCACCUAUGGUUGGAAUCAGCUCCCCAUCUUACAGUCCAAGCUCACCUCGCUUCAGUCCAUCCAGCCCAACAUAUUCUCCUGCAUCACCAUCAUAUAGUCCAACUUCACCACGCUACAGUCCAGCCAGUCCAGCCUACAGCCCAUCAUCUCCAAAGUACUCUCCGACCUCUCCAAAAUAUUCUCCUACAUCACCACAAUACUCACCAACAUCGCCACGAUACUCUCCAGCUUCACCAGCAUACAGUCCAACAUCUCCAACGUACAGUCCAGCAAGUCCAGCGUACUCACCAGCAUCACCUGCGUACUCACCUGCUUCACCGGCUUAUUCACCUGCUUCACCAGCGUACUCUCCAGCCUCGCCAGCAUACUCACCAGCUUCACCUGCUUACUCACCAACAUCACCAAGUGGAGCUAAUGGCGUAAACGGUGAACAGAAGCCAAGCUGGCAGACUGGUAAUACAUCUUCUGGUCCAAGUUGGAAGUCCUAA